AUGAACUCGUCGAUCAACGGUGAACAAAGCGAUCCACUGUCCGGUGACCCGCACCGGGCCGAUGGCACGCCGGAACGCGGGGACGCUGGCCCGCCCGAUGUGCGGUUUGUGAUUGCCCUCGGCCCGCUGCUGACGGUGUUCUCGAUUGUGGUGGAUCUGGUGAAAGUGAUACUGCUCGGUGUGCCGCUACUCUGUCGUGAGAUCUACUCCAUGUUUGUGCCACGGCCACAGAAAGACGUCCGUGGCCAGGUGGUGCUCAUAACGGGCGGUGGCAACGGGUUGGGCCGGGCGAUGGCACAACUGUUUGCGGCACGCGGCGCCCAUCUGGCGCUGGUGGACAUCGAUCUGGACGCAGCGGAGCGCACGGCGGAGGAGCUAAGGCAGCAGUACGGUGUGGCCGCCCGUGCGUACCGGGUGGAUGUGUCCCGGUACGACCAGUGCCGGCAGUUGGCCGACAGCAUCGAGCGCGAUGGUGCCGGUCCGGUGGACAUUCUUAUCAACAAUGCCGGGCUGAUUAUGUUUGCCUUCGCAAACGAUUCGGACGUCGAGCGGGCGAACAGUGUGAUAGACGUGAACAUGAAGUCGCACGUAUGGAUGACGAAAGUGUUUUUGGACGGGAUGAUUAAACGCAAACGUGGCCACAUCGUGGGAAUAUCGUCAAUGUCCGGUAUGUACGCCUUUCCGUGGGGUGUCGUCUAUUCCGCAACGAAAUUCGCCGUGUCCGGCUUCAUGGCUUCGCUCACGGAGCAGCUACGCAUCCAGGGCAUUUCGAAGAGCGUACGAACCACGUGCGUCAAUCCAUACUACGUGACGACGCGUAAGGAUGUGGUUGACUUCCUGCAGAAACCACGAUUUACCCCAUUGACGGUAGAUCGGGCAGCACGUGAAAUUGUGAGAGGAAUUUUGCGGCAAGACAUUGUGGUUACGGUGCCGAGGUUAUUUGGAGUUUUUACUCGGUUCAUGUUGUUCUUCCCAGUGCCAGUUCAACAGCUCGUUCGGGAUUAUUUAAUCCGCGAAUAUGAGCUGAACAAUAAUUUACACACGUCGUAA